AUGGCCCAACAUGAAUUGGACGCAUUGCAGCACCCAUCCGCUGGUGCCUUGGGAGACCUUGCUGCUGGCAGUCAAACGUCGUUCCCUCGUAUCUCCAGCGAGUUUUACGACAACCCGAUCAACCCCGUCCAACAGCGCCAGCAACGGGCGCUUCCUCACCAAGACGAACGGUCGCCGACUCCGUCCUCCUAUCGGACUCUCCGUCGCACCCCUCGCUUCUCAGCCAGCCCGAGUCCCCGCCCGUCAGAGCCACCGCGCCGGGUCCACCUCGAAGCGGUCACUGUUGGCAUCAGCCCGCGACCCUUCUUCUCGACAGCCGGGUCCUUUGCAGUAGCAGAACAGGCCGAGCAACCUUUCAAUCCUCUACGACGGCAGCUCUCCCAGGAGCUGAGCGACGACGCUGAAGAAGCGUCGUCCCUUCUGCCAUCGUCGUCCGACCCAUACCAACAACUCCCCUCUUCGACAAGACCUCCACCGCACCCGGCCGUCCGGCUCUCGAAACAUACCAAAAGUGCGAUUCUCUGGGCCCUCGAGGAAGCACUCCGAAAACCAAACGCGUUCUCUCCGGACCUUGUCGAGGAGAACGCUUCAAUGGCCGACCUUCUCAGUGGCGGCAGCGGCCCCGCCACUACCAAUGGUCAUGCUGCCUCAUCCUCUCGACCGACUGCUCCGCCCGCCCAGGUUGGAUCUCCUCAGCAAGUUAUUCGUGGUCCUAGGAUGAUCAUGCGCGAGAGGGCUGAGCGUGAGGCGCGACAACGGGCGGAGCGGGAACAGAUGGAGCGUGCCCGUGCCGAAGAGGAGGCUCGGUUACUUGAAGAGACACAACGCCGGGCGGCAGAACAGAGAUCGCCCGUUCCUGGCGCUGUUCCAGGAGGCGAUAUACCCCCAGAUCCGGCAACGCAACGCCGGCAACAACGUGCGCAAGAGGCUCAGCCAUCCGCUCGGAACUCCACCAGUGUCCCGUCAGCUCCCACGCAGCAGCCAUCGGCCGCGGUGCCACCCCUGCGCCCGACGCGUGUCCCAGCAGCAGCCCAAGGUCCGCAAAAUUUCCCUACCGCGGCCCAGCCCGGGACAAAUCCUACUGCGGCGCCUACUCAGCCCGGCGAGUCAUCGGCGCAGGGCAUGGGUGCAUCCCGGAUUAAGAAUUCGUUUCCCCAUGCUUUCGAGCGGUGGGAGGCCCUGUCGGCCCAUUGGGAGGGCAUGACGAGCUUCUGGCUGCGAAGACUGCAAGAGAACACGGAUGAGGCUGAGCGCAACCCCAUAAGCACGCAGCUCUCUCGGCAGGUUGCGGACCUCUCGGCUGCGGGCGCCAACCUUUUCCACGCCGUCGUUGAGUUGCAGCGGCUCCGCGCCAGCUCCGAGCGCAAGUUUCAGAGAUGGUUCUUCGAGACCCGGGCCGAGUUGGAGCGACAUCAAGAAAUCAAUGCCAUGCUGGAGGCACAGAUGGAGCAAGAGCGACAGGCAAGAGCCGACGCGCUCCGAAGCGCUGCGCAGCACGAGGCCGAGAAUAUGAAGCUGCAGAAGAUGGUGACCGAGAUGCGACGGGAAUUGCUCAUCUCCAAGGAGGAAGCACGCCGCGCCUGGGAGGAGCUCGGCCGUCGCGAGCAAGAAGAGCGCGACCGUACGGUGUCGCUUCAACAAGGCCACCCGACCAUUGUAGGAGGGGUGCAGGUAGUGCCAAUGACACAGAACAUGCCCGUUCGCGCUGCAAGUCGUCACAGCCGAUCGCAGUCGGAGUACGCGCAAGGGGGUCAAUAUCCAGAAUAUGCAGCCGCACCAACUCCGGGCAUGCCAUCUUCAUCUGCCGCAGCCGCUGAGGCAAGUGCUGGGUAUUACCAGCAGCCCGGGCCUACCGGCCACGAGGCGGGCGACUACGGUGCGGGCUCUGAGACGGGGUACAGCGAAGGCGAGUAUAUGAUGGAUGCCAGGGGAAAUUAUCUGACGGACGAGCAUGGCAACAAGAUCCCUUUCCACAGCCCCACGGGAUCGCCGAGCCGAGGGAGGAGAUCUGACGCAGGAGCAGAGGACUACGAGACUGCUGCCUCGCAAGCGCCCACGAACUAUCCUCCGUCCAGCUCGCACUGGGCAGGCGGGUACACGGGCGGCGCAGAGUAUUCCGGCCAGGGCUAUGCAGUGCCCGGGUGGGAAACGAUGCCUCGGCAUCACCACCCUACCAGGCUCAGCGAUGUCAUUGAAGAAGAUGAGCGCAGCCGUACCUCGGUAAGCCAAGUGAGCCGCGCAUGA